AUGGCGGACAAACAGUUGAACGCGCUCCUCAAGGAGCAUGCGGGGCAUCUGGAGCGCACUGAGAGCGGUCGCGUGCGGUGCACGCUGAACGACCACGUCAUGCCGGCGCGCCUGGACAUCGUCCGCGCUUUCGUGGGUGGCAAGAAGUUCAAGAAAAUGAUUGCGGACAAGGAGGAAGACGCGGCGAUCAAGAACCUAGAGCCGUUCAUGGUUCCGUCGCGGAAUUUCCCAGGGAAACUGUACUGCACGCUCACCUCAAUGGUCCUCGUCCGGAGCCUCGAGUCCGCGCGCAACCACAUGAAGGGCCGCAGGUUCCUGAUGGCGAAGGAGCGGUUCAUGAACGACGAGGAAGAGAUGGUGUCGGAGCCCGACCUGGACGCGGACCCUGACGUCAUCAGUGAGGACACGCAGGGCGCUGCCCCGGACGAGACCGGCGGCGAGGAGGAGGGCGGGAUGGAGGGCGUGUGGGUGCCGGACGCGUACAAGAAGGGCGCGGUGGACGGCGACGGCGACACGCCGAUGGAGCAGGACGAGGGCGCGGGGGGCGAGGCGGCGGAGGGGCAGAAACAGAAGGGGGGGGGAGUCAAAGGGAAGAAGAAGAAGAAGAGCAGAGAGGAGAAGCAGGCCGAGGGGCAGGCGCUGCGGUCCCCGGGCGGGUGGGCGGACGCGGUGGAGGCCAGGGAGGGGCGGAAGGGCAGGGCGGGGAACGGCGUGCACGAGCGGCCACGCGCGAAAUCAGGCAGGGACAAGAAACGCGCCAGGAAACAGUGA